AGACAGCAAAGCACAAAGCACGAACAUCGUUAUAAGAGUUGAAGGGACUAAUGUAGGUUCGGCAAUAAGCUUGCACCCUAUUCAUUUCAACGAUACCCUCGUAUAAAGCAAAUAUAAUUGCAACUAGAAAAGUACGUUUACCACUAGCACAUACACACCAGGAGGCCACGCACUUGGCCCUGGCCAAGGGUUCCGGCCAUUGCGCACUUCUCAUUGCGACUCUCGGCGCCUUUCAUGAGCUCCUCUGGAUCUGUUCCAUGCUAUGUUCAGCGCCGCGUUACCCAAUCGACUGCCAGGAUAAGCCCCAUAUAUGGCACCCGCACCAGCAGCGGCAUGCGCGCCGGGGUUGCGACUGCUUUGCCUGCCGCUCUCCUCUGCCACCCCGUUGAUGGGGCCUUACGGAUGGAUGCAAUGCCAUCCGAUGUGAGCCCUGCCUCGUUCUCACUCGCAUUGGACGAGCUCCAACGGCUGCAAGACACCCCACUGGCGGCGCCGCGCACCUAUCUUCCCGUCAACCACCGCCGUAACCAACGCGUAGCGCAUUCAGAGGGCGGCAUCAAUGAGGAACACUGCUGUCCUUGCCUCCGUCAGCGCCAGCAGCAACAGGAGGAACAUAUCUCACAUAACGGCACAUGGCCACUACCAUCACCAGCUGCUUCUGAAGGAGGAGCAGUAAUGGCACCAGCACUGCAACCGACGUUGCCGACCAACGGUAAAGUGAAGCCGGAAGCCGCGGCGGCAACGACGGCUGCCGCUGCCGCUACUGCUCUGUCGGCCUCAUCGGGGUACCUCGCCACUCGUUACGGCCCCGGUCAUCAACCACGUCACCACCAUCCGACCGGCAGUACUGUACGGCAACCGUCGCUGUCGCCACCGGCGCCGUCCCCACUGCCAGCGUCGCCCUCGCCGUCAUCGCAAUCACCACUACCCCAGCAAAUCUCACCUUCCUCCUCCAUCUUUACAUACGCAAACAACCAUGAGCAAGCCUGGAAGGGGUGUGACGUCGCCUCCCUGUUCCCUUCCUCCUCCUCCUCCACAUCGUCUUCCCCUUUCGUAAAUCUAACAAACCUGCGGCGGCUUCCCUCGGCUCAGCUGGGCACGCUGCUGCAGGCGUGUGCGGCUGCAGGCGUGUCACUGCGGCUGUCAGCGUUGCAGUCGUACCUAGAUGAGGUGUCACGUAGGGCUGCAGCAACAGCCGUUGCUGCAUCGGCCCCCGUAUCUCACCUGGCGACGGGCACUACAACUGCUACUGCUGCUGCUGCUGGCGGUGCUGGCGGUGCUGUUGUCGUUCGUAGGGGUGGUGAAGGGAAUGCGGUGACGGUGGAUCUCCUAACCGCCAAUGACCUUGUAGCCGCCCUGGAGGGUCUUGCACGCUACAAUUUCCAGGAUUUGUUUCGCCAACCAUCACAGCUUCAGCCUCAGAAUCAACACCGCCAUCAGCGGCAGCAGCAGCAGCAUAACUUCAACCCGGAAUCGGCGUGGGCUGCGCCCAUCCUAAACUCGUUUCUCAUUACAGCAAUAGCGGCGAGCUCCGCUGACGCCCCUCCUGCCAGUCGCCGCCUCGUUGGGCCAGCUGUCGCCGCCGGCAGCAGCAGCAAUGGCGAGGGAGGUGGCGGAAGCAUGAACACCACCGCCACUCCCGGCUCCGCCCAAGUAGCUGCUGCAGUUACCAACAGCAGCAGCAGCAGAGGUCGCAAGGCCAAUGAUGACGGCGAUAACGACGACAUUAACCACUGCGCGGAAGUACGAAUGGACGGCAAGGUGCCAAGUAGCGGUAGCAGCAGCUGCACUGAUAGCACUGAUAGGCCGCCACUGGGAGCGACGUUAGACGUUGACCGUGUCGUACAGUUGCCCGGAUUGCUCGUCCAAUUAGGCGUACGGCCGCCGCUGUCGUGGCUUCAGGACUUCCUCGUACAUUGUACGACGCCCGUCGUACGGCAAAUGAGUGGAAGCCAGGUGCUACAGCUCCUGCCGGCUGUAGCGGAGCUUCUGCUGGCAGCUAAGCAGCAGCAACAGCAACCGUUGGGGAAGCCGUUGUCAUGGAAACAUGUACCUGACGUCGGAGUCUGGUGGGAUGCUUUGAUGGAUGCCUGGCCUCCGUCAUCCAGCAGCGGUUUCCCGGGCGGCGUCGCAGAUGAGUUAGUCGGCAAUGAGGUAGCGAACAAAGCAGCAGCGGCAGGAGCCGUACAACCGUCAACGGAUUCCGUUACGAAGCUCGAGGUCCAAUGUGCCGUACUGUACUACGCGGCCCAGUGCGAUGUUUCAGCGACCCAACUGAAAAGUGAAGGUAGCGGUGAAGGUAGCAGUGGCAGUUACGAAACCUUUCGCGCCGGACAACGACGGCAACAGAUGAACCCAGCCAAACCAACGAUGCCAUUGACGACGCGUCUGUGGUACUGGGCAGAGGCGGUUUUGUACGAUAUCGCGGCAGCGUUGGCGCUAUUCCCAACGCCCUCACAGCCCAUGCAAUUGAUACAGCAGUGCCGGAGUAGCCGUAGCGGCAACAGCAGUGGUAGCGGCGAGGUCAGUGAGGCGCCGUCGCCUCCUUUCCAGUCGUCGCCGCCGCCGCCGGCGACGGCUGUUGCAAUGGCGUUGGCGGCGCUGCCGGACGUGAUGCCUUCGGGAGUGGCAGUCGCCUGGGUUUCGGAUCCGAAAGGUAGCGGCCCUCUGGUGCUGCCGGUGUUGCUGGAUGCGGUGGAGGCCGCAGCAGCAGCGGGGGCGGGAGGAGGAGGAGGGGGGCUGCAGCAGCUGCCACCGGGGCUAUUAGUGGAGCUGUUGGCAGGGCUCACACGCGCCGGACUACACCCCGGCACCUGCUUCCUGCGCCGCCACGCACUGGUGCUGAAGCGGCGCAGCAGCGAGCUGAGUCCGCGACUGCUGCUGCGGGCGGGGCAGCUGUACAGUCGGUUGGGCCUGGCGCCCUCAGUGGGGCUACGGUCGGUGCUGCGAGGUGCACGGGAGGCGUUACGUCGGGAGGCUGUACGACAGGAUCGGGCGUUACGCCGGCAGCAGCGGCGGAGCGGCAGCAGCAGCAUUAGCGAUGGCAGCAGCAGCAACCUAUGGCAGCAGCACCGGAAGCCGCGACAGCAGCAGCGGCAAUGGCAGCAGUAGAAACACCGGCCACGGCGGUUGUCGUACCUGUGUGCUCGGAUCGUAUUUGCAUGCAGGGAGAUUAUCCUUGAAGACCUAGACUGGGGUAGACGUUAUGGUGACUGACAUGACAAAGACUGGCAAAUGCAACUGGAUCGGAUCGGCGGCAGGAGCAGAACGCAGUAAGAGUGACAGAGUGGCAGUAGGAGUGGCAGUAGCCGUAGCAGUGUUAAGUGAGGGUGCGAGGCAGCUAGGCAGCAGUAGCAGAGGUGGCAGGAGACAUGGAGCAGGGCUUGCAGUAGCUGGGACAUAUUGCCGGCAAUAACAUUAAGAGAUGCAGGUAAUAGCGGUAGAAGAGCCGUAGUGUUGGAGACAGUCGCGGCAGUAGCACUUGCAUUGUGCGGCGAUCGUCAAGAUGGCGGCAUUGGGUUUGUAAGACACGUGCGGUGUAGGGUUGGGUUCAUCACCCCUGUUCCCUUUUAGGGAACCAUGGUAACGGGCAUUCAUUUGUGCCAGUCGCCAUGUCAGCGGCAGUUACGGAUGGGUAGCAGCACCUAGAGGGGCAGCUACGGGAGAGAGGCAGGAUGUAACAACAGGG